AGUGUCGGCGCCGUCGAGGGCACCAUUCCCUUCUAUAAGCUGGACUCUCGGCACCGGCAGCUAAACAAAGCCAAACACAUACUGCAAACCGGGGAACAGGAGGCCUACCGGUUCACGUUCGACGUGACCCAUACGCCGCCCGCCCUUAUAGUAAGCCCGGUGCUCGUGACCGAUGAGGGCUGGUAUAGGUGUCGGGUUGACUAUAAGACACGUCGCACUCAGAGUUUUAGCACAUAUUUGGAGGUUAUAGGAAACCCAAGUCCGGCCCUAAUCUGGUAUCACAUAACCAACGCACUGGAAGUCAUAAUAGACAACACGUACGACACGAACCGCACCGGUAUUACCACUAAUGAGCUCCACUUACGGCAAUUGGAUCGACACGACUACCGGACACGUCUAACAUGUCGUGCCUCUAGUAAUGGUUUAUAUGAACCGCUCGAGCGCUCCGUUACUAUUGAUAUGAACCUAAAGCCAUUGAGCGUUAAAAUCGUAACGCAAUUAACGAAACCCUUAAUCGCCGGCCGGUUAGCGGAGUUCCGGUGCCGGACACAGGGCUCGAGUCCGACCGCACAGAUAUACUGGCGAAUAGGGGAACAGGAGUUGGAUUACGACCCGGAGCUCAGUAGUACUGUUUAUAGCGGCGAUGAGGGGAACGGUAGCACAGAGUCGGUGGUGGCGUUUAUGCCGAACCACACGCACAACGACCGGCAACUGAUAUGUUUGGCUCGCAAUCGGCUUAUAGUGAACUCAACCAUUGAGGACAUGGUGUGGCUAACUGUCCACUUUCCUCCCAUAAUAAACAUAUCGCUGGAGACUAACCACCACUCGAGCGGUCAUACCGUCGAAGGAGACUAUAUUCGUGUGAAGUGUGGAGUGUUUGCCAACCCAUGGAUUGCGUCCAUUGAAUGGGCGCUCAAUGGGCAACGGCUUAGGGCACCGGUGCUCACGGAUAUGAAUCAGACACUAGUGUUGGAUGACAUACACCGACAGCACAGCGGGUCGUAUCAGUGCACCGCAGGGAAUGGUAUCGCGCGGACUACAAGUGAAGUACUGGUGCUUACUGUUUAUUACCCUCCCGUAUGCCGGUUAGGGCAACAAAUAUAUUACAAUGUGGUCCGCAAUCGGGUCAACACUAUUCGCUGUUCAGUGGACACCAAACCAGUGGACAGUAGUCUCAGAUUCAAGUGGUUUGUCAACAUAUCGACCGAAAUGUUUGAGUUGAAGGGCACGGAUGUGGACCGAGUGGACGGGGAUCUGACCACUAGUUUAGCCAAAUAUACUCCGAAAACAAUUAUGAAUUAUGCGAUCAUUUUAUGUUUGGCUGAAAAUAGCGUCGGUAUUCAACGAGAGCCCUGUGUUUACUACCUGUCCAUUCAAAAUGGUCCACCGGAAUCCGUACGUAAUUGUGAGGUAACCCCCAAAUCGCAUACAAAAGUGUUGGUCGACUGUAUGGCCGGCAAUAGUGGGGGUCUUCGGGCGACCCAUCACUUAGAGGUCUAUCACUCACUCACCGAACAAUUGAUCGCUAAUUAUAGCUCACUUCAGCCCAAAUUCAUCGUCGAUUCCCUCACCCCUCACGUCGACUACAAUCUUGUGGUCUAUUCAGCCAACCAGAAGGGUAACAGUGCGGCCCUCACCUACCCGUCCGUACGGCUACCGGUGCUCGAGUCGCGAAGUAAUUUCAAAACACAAAAAGUCAUAUUCACGAUAUGUGUUGCGAUUGUCGUCAAAAUCAGACAAUUUAUAUACGAAGACGAGUAUAAGGUUUGCGAUCAAUACGAGGAAAACAAACCCGAUGGGGAACGGGAGGACAGGGAUGACUCAGAGAGAAUAGAAAACAGUGAACAGCAUAAUUUGAUGUCAGAGCACCGGGAGGUUGAUGUAGAUAAUGGUGUGAUAGAACACAAUGCGAGCGAUGAAUACAAUGGGAGACAGAAGUCACGACUCAAUCGAUUGAAACGUUUGACGAAUCGCUUGAAAGUCACGAAAUGUAAGGCUUUGGAGACGACGAGCGUCGGGAUGUAUAGGAAAGUCGUGGACACAGAGCCCAAAAAGAUCGUCACUUUCGCCACAUUUGAGGAGUUUUUCGAUGAGAUAAACGCCGAGACUAGUAGUGGACAGGGAGGUGAACCAUACGAGGAACGGGCUAUUGAUGUGCCAAUGGAUACGACUACUCGCCCGCACAGACAUUGCAAUCCCAUACCCAUGAUAUACAGCCAACUACAGUGCCACCCGACCCACAGACUACUAGUUCAGAGAUACCGGUGCCUGACGUACAGGACAGUAGUGUCCGAAGUGUGA